AUGAUAAAAAAGUUGGUAUUUUUGUGUCUAAUGUUUUCACUAAUCAGUGAUUGUAGUUUUCACAACAAACACUAUAGAAAUCCAGGCUACUAUAAAAUUGGCAACAGUUAUACAAUCAAUGGCAUCACUUAUCAUCCAAAAAGUUACAGUGAGUAUGAGGAGGUGGGAGUAGCAUCUUGGUAUGGAACAGAAGAGCAUGGCAAACCAACAGCAAAUGGUGAGAUAUUUGAUCGUCAUUUGAUUACAGCAGCACAUAAAACAUUGCCACUACCGUGCUUUGUGUUUGUAACCAAUAUUAAAAAUGGGAAGAAACUUAUUGUAAGGGUCAACGAUAGGGGUCCUUUUUUUGAGGAUAGAAUUAUAGACCUUUCAGAAGAAGCAGCUAGGAUUUUAGGAUUUUACGAGGACGGACUUACAAGAGUAAAAAUUCAGUAUCUAAGAGAAAAAUCAGAACAAUUAGUGAAGAAAAAUCCACACUAUAAAAAUCAAUACGAGAGAGCUAUACAGGCGCGUCAUCCAAAAAAAAUCACUGCUGAAAGUAAGGGAUAUAUUGCAUUUUUCCAAGAUAUUGAUGCAGCUAAAUCAACGGCAUCAAAACUCCGUAAUCAAGGGGUAAAAAACGUUAGAUUAUUGUUCAAGAAUAGCCAAUACUACAUAAAAGUAUGUUUAUAG